AAGUGCCUGUUAGUUAUCGUUUAUUAUGAGUCGAGCUGUUGCUCUUAAAAGUCAGUCGUGCGGAGAACAUACCUAUCAAAAUAAUUUUAAUCCCAAUGGAAAAACUCAUUUUAAUUUACUUACUCUUAAGUGUCCUUUUGAUAAGUGUACAGUCUGGAGAUAUUCCAAACUGUAAUUACUUUGAUACGGUUAAAUUAAAGGAUAGUCAAAAGUUAGCUAAUGGAUCCUAUAAAUACCAGAAUAUUAUUAUUCCUGCAAAACUUACUGGUGAUUAUGACUAUGAAAUAAACUACGGUGGCGACAGAGAUCCGGUCCCCAAACACACCCGAGGCUGUGUGUGCAAAUUGAAAAGUUGCAUCAGGUUUUGUUGUCAUCCGAAAAAGCUAAUGGAUAGCAAUAAGUGCUCCGAAGAAGUAGAUGAAAACCUCACUUAUGACUAUACUCUGGACAUAACGCAAUUCAAUGGAUCUGUGAUAAGGAAACACAGUUUAAAUGACAUGGUGGUGCAGCAAGAUCUUCCCCUUCCAUGCGAGAAACAUUACUCACUGGAUGCGGAGGGAUUCAGAGAAGACAUGUGGUCUCUAUAUGAGAACGGGUCGUUGCUUCGUCACUUUGAUAAGCGACAUUUAACGAAGCAGGAAUUUUGCUUGCAGCCUCAGUUGACGAGUACGGGAAAUAACUACAGCCUUAUUGUGGCCUUUAACUGCAUAAAGAAACCAUCUAUGAAAUUGGCAUAUGGUAGGUUUAAAAAGGUGUUUGAAUAUAUUUUAGCAGAGUUCUCCAUUCCAGUCAAGUCAAGCUCCGUCUUCUUUAUGGUGAUAAGUAUUGUGGCCUACCUGUUGCUACCAAAAUUCCAAUCUCUUCAUGGCAAAUGCUGCAACCUCUACUUCACCUGCCUGGCAUUGACCUUUUUGCUGAAUGUCGUUAGCAUGUUCGGGAUAUUUAGUCCAGGGACUCACAUCUGCUACCUCACCGGUUACGCUGGCUACUUUACAGUGAUGGCAACUUUUCUGUGGCUUUCCGCCAUCAGUUUCGAUGUUUGGAGGAGAUUCUCCAUGCGUCGGUUCCAGAAUUUCUACAAGAACAACAGAAGCAGUUUUUUCAACUACAACGUUGUUGUUUGGAGCUCUGCUGGGCUUUUAACCUUAAUAAUUUUUUUGAUAGAUCAAUUCACAGAUACAGAUCUAGAUAAUCCAUACACUCCGGCUGUGGGAGUAUUUUCAUGCUGGAUAUACAGCGAUGGAUGGUCAGCUAUGUUUUAUUUUUACUCUCCGUUGGCGAUUUUGAUAAUUCUGAACGGUACGAUGUUUUUCCUAACAACGCGGUACAUUUAUGUGGAGAACAGAAACAACCAGAAAGUGCUGAAUAAGUGCGAACAGCAAAGAGAGUCAAGGAACCAAGCGAACUAUCGCAUAUAUCUGCGCCUGUUUAUCAUAAUGGGCGGAAGUUGGUUUCUCGAAAUCAUUGCCUUUGUAUGCGAAAUGGAGAAUUUUCUGCAGCCCUUAGUCGCGUUAAACGAUUAUAUAAACUGCAGUCAGGGAAUGAUAAUAUUUAUGGCCACAUUCUGCAAUCAGGAAAUGCUAAAGUCAAUACGCAAGCGCAUCCAGAACAGGGAAACUACUACCACUGAUUACACCACUAACAGUCGCCCUCAAUACUCUGAGAAAUGUACCGCAUAAUUAGAUAAAUAAACGUUAUUAGGUUACUGGGAUGUCUUAUAUUUGCCAUAAGUUGAGUCUGGCUAAACAAUAUCUUGAAAUAUAUUUUAAAUGUUUAAUAUUAGGUUGAAACAUA